GAAGAGAACAGCAGCGCUGCUGGCUUUACGGGCUCGUCCACGCUCCGUUGCGCGUCUGGCUGUUGAAUUGAGCGAGGCUGCCUAUUUGGACGCGUUGAAUCCGUCAUUAAAACCUGUAUGAGACCUGUUCAGGACCAGCAGCUGAGCCUUAAGGAAGAAGAAGAAGAAGAUCCUGCUUGGUUGUAGCCUCUCACCUUCAUCCCUGCAGGAGAUUCGAACCCAGGCAGAAAGCUGUACAAAGUCCUGACAACCCGAGACACCAAAAAUGCCUGUUGCAUCAGCCAGCUCUGACUCAGCGAUGCACAGCGUGCUGGACACCCUGAGUGACAGCACCAGCUCCACGACGGCCAACGACCUGGACCUCAUCUUCCUGAAGGGCAUCAUGGAGAGUCCUGUGAUUUAUCUGUGUGUCUAUGUAAAACAGGCUCACGAGCGGUUUGAGGAGCCGAAGCUGGAGGCUGUGAGGGACAAUAACGUGGAGCUGGUGCAGGACAUCCUGAAAGACCUUACGUCCCUCACCAACCACAGCCAGACCGCACACGAACUCGCCUGCAUACUCAGAGAGCCACACUUCCAGUCACUACUGGAAACACAUGACUCUGUGGCCUCCAAAAGCUAUGAGACUCCGCCCCCCAGCCCCUGUGCCUUCAUGGACCCUGCCCUUAACAACCAGCCCGUCCCCCCUGAUGCGGUCAGGAUGGUCGGCAUCCGCAAAGUUUCUGGAGAACACUUGGGCGUGACGUUCCGUGUGGAGGGGGGUGAGCUGGUGAUUGCGCGGAUCCUGCACGGAGGAAUGAUUGACCAGCAGGGCCUCCUGCAUGUAGGUGAUGUCAUCAAGGAGGUGAACGGCAAGGAGGUGGGAAAUGACCCCAAAGUGCUGCAGGACAUGCUGAAGGAGGCCAGCGGCAGCGUGGUGCUCAAAAUCCUCCCCAGCUACCAGGAGCCACACACGCCCCGCCAGGCCUUUGUGAAGUGCCACUUUGACUACGACCCGGCUCAUGACAACCUGAUCCCCUGUAAAGAGGCCGGCCUUCGGUUCAGCAGCGGAGACAUCCUGCAGAUCUUCAACCAGGAGGACCCCAACUGGUGGCAGGCGUGUCAUCUGGAGGGCGGCAGUGCGGGACUGAUCCCCAGCCAGCUGCUGGAGGAGAAGAGGAAGGCCUUCGUGAAGAGAGAUCUGGAGCUCAGCACUGCAGGACCUCUGUGUGCAGGCAUGGGGGGGAAGAAGAAGAAGAAAAUGAUGUACCUGACCACCAAAAACGCAGAGUUCGACAGGCAUGAGCUGCGGAUCUAUGAGGAGGUGGCGAAGGUUCCUCCGUUCAGGAGGAAGACUCUGGUGCUGAUCGGAGCUCAGGGAGUGGGCCGGCGCAGCCUGAAGAACAAACUGCUGGUGUCAGAACCACACCGCUAUGGAACCACCACACCCUACACGUCUCGUAAGCCUAAAGUGGACGAGAAGGAGGGGCAGAUGUAUCUCUUCAUGUCUCGGAGUGAAAUGGAGGCGGACAUUAAAAACGGCCGUUUCCUGGAGCAUGGGGAGUACGACGGCAAUCUGUACGGCACCAAGAUCAACUCCAUCCACGAGGUGGUGGACUCGGGAAAAAUCUGCAUCCUGGAUGUCAACCCACAGGCUCUCAAAGUCCUCAGGACGUCAGAGUUUCUCCCAUACGUUGUGUUCAUCGAAGCUCCUGACUUUGAGGUUCUGAAGGACAUGAACAGAUCUGCUAUUGAGGCUGGUGUCAUCACCAAACAACUCACAGACUCGGAGCUUAAGCGGACGGUGGACGAGAGCGAAAGGAUCCAGAGGGCCUACGGUCACUAUUUCGACCUCACUAUCGUUAACGAUAACCUGGACGGAGCAUAUCGCAGCCUGAAGGUGGCGCUAGAGAGACUGAGCACAGAUCAGCAGUGGGUGCCUGUGAGCUGGGUUUUCUGAGUCAGGUUCAGGUGAGACAGGAAAGAUCAGAGACUUUCAGCAGACUGAAGGCCUUGAAGGGAUCCUUCAUGUGAGUGAGUGACAUGAUUAUGGUUGGUUUUAAUAAACAGCAAACAAGAGAAUUCUAGCUACUAGAAAUACUUUCAGAUGUUUGGUAGUAGGACAGGUCAUCGCUGAGGCCCUCUGUGUUCUCCUGUAUGAACAUCUGGCCUCGACAGCAAGCAGUGCAGUGCGUGCGAGCCAAGCAAUUUACCUCACAUAGGUUGUUGCACAAAGACUGCUGAAACGGUACUAUAAAGAAUAUUUAUUACUCUGUACAGAAAAGAACAAAUCAGAUAUACUCGUGCGUCCGUUUGAAGGUGUGGUAGAUAUUCGGGACUGAACAAUACUGUACAUGUUGGUCGUCAACACUGUAUAUUUGUACAGAUGCUGUGAUCUGAAAAUACUGUUUUAGCACUUGUGGCUUUAAUUUUAGCGAAAAAAAUUGUUUGUAGUUUUGAGAUAAUGAAGAUGGAAUAGGAGAAAACGACGUGUCCCUGUUGGGAAAUACUCCUGUACAUGUUGUGAUUUAGAUUUAUUUCAUGUCGACUGUAAAUAACUAGAGAUUAUCUAACACUGACAACAAACGGUACUUAGUACAAACGUGCUUUCCAUUUACUAGAGAAAAACAAGGUAGCAAUAAGUGUCUUGCGAGUUCAGCCAAUCGUCACUUUUUCGUAAUUUGAUACCUAAGCCAAAGGGAACCACAGAAAAGAAUACGCUUUCCGGAUUACUUCGGUUUCAUUUGGUUGUAUUUUGGUGAGUGAGAAAAGUCACAAUCUAGUCAUGAGUCUAAUAAACUUGAAUAUUCUGAAAUAGG